AAUAUUAUUGUUUUCAAAAGGACCUCCAAUACACAGCGCUCGAGGAGAAGAAUUAAUGUUUUCACACCUUUUGACGCACAAAAGACUGUUGGUUUCGAUACACGACGACCCAGGGACAUGUAUCCCUUUAUGGAUCACAGGGGCACUUCAAAGACCCAAAGGACCUCACAGACCAUCAAAAGACUUCAAGUUUCUAUAAGUGAAUUUAGAUGGCCAGCCAGCACUCAUGACCUUCACUUUCCAGAGGACGGUGUAGAAGAAAGGUCUCAGGGACAGUGUUCCUCAGCGUGGUGGAUUAUAACCUAGCUUUGACAUGAGGCGGUUUACCUGCGGGGUCCUGAGCGCAGUCCUCGCGCUCUGGGUCAGUCUGGUGAGCUCCACGGCGUCGUUCCCUAGACUCCACGAGGCGUUCAGGAGCGGGAUGAGAGCACCUGGCAGGAGCAGCGGAGGUCAGGCGGGUCACGGCCGACACACCAACAGAUAUCCGCUGUAUAUGCUGCACCUCUACCGGACCCUUCUGACCGGAGACGACAAACAUAUGAGCCAUGAAAAUCCAACUCUUUAUGAGUCCGAUUCGGUCUUGAGUCUCGUCGCCAAGAGUUGCCAUCAGAUUGGUGACAAACUCUCCGUGACAUUUGACAUGUCCUCCAUAUCAGCGAGCGACAACGUCCAGCGGUCUGAGCUUCGCAUUCGCCUACCAGCAUUCGCCUCGGAGAUGGAGGUGGACAUUUAUCAUGCAUCCAAACGUGAGUGUGAUCGAAGCCCUUGCGACGAAGUACGGAUUCACCUUGGCACUGUGAAAGCCAAACCGAUUGACUCAACCACCUCCCAUUCUUCCUGGAGGGUCUUCAACAUCACGGCGCUGCUCAAGUACUGGUUGCACCAAGGUGAGAGCGUGUUCUCAGAGGAACGCGUUCAGAUGCCUGCAAGAUCUGAGGGUGAGGGGCAUGAGAACGUCCAGCAUCUGACAGCCAACAGAGUCAUGAUGGUGGUUUACUCCAAGCAGAACCGGGCAAAGACAUCCACCCUCAUCCACACUGCUGAGCACUCCAAGUACGUAGCUCUGGAGCGGACCGGUGGUGGAGGUGAACCUGCGCCUCGGCGUCACAGGAGGAACCACCGGACUGAUGACAGAGUGCGUGAUGCAGCAGCUAGCGUGAUUCCUGGUGUUUCACAAGAGGAAGGGGAGAAGAAAUCUCUCUGCAGGAAGGUGGAUAUGUGGGUAGAUUUCGAUCAGAUCGGUUGGAGCGACUGGAUUGUUUAUCCGAAGCGGUAUAAUGCCUAUCGAUGUGAAGGGAGCUGUCCUACACCUGUAGAUGAGACCUUCACCCCCACCAACCAUGCCUACAUGCAGAGUCUUUUGAAGCUGCACCACCCAGAUCGCGUCCCAUGCUUGUCAUGCGUACCCACCCGUCUGGCUCCACUCCCAAUGCUCUACUACGAGAACGGCAAGAUGGUCAUGAGACACCACGAAGGGAUGGUUGUAGGAGAAUGUGGCUGCCACUGAGUCUCCAAACCCCAAAUGAACUCAACACCAGCACUUUGGAUAUGCUCCUUAAACCAGAAAUACAGAUUUAAGCACAAAUGAAGAUAAAUUGCUUUAAUUUGUACAGUAUUUUCACUUGGAAUCAUGAGGUAUCCUGCACUGAGGCACCUGGAUUACUGAAUGCUAUUUUUGAAAACUUUGUGUGUUUGCCUAAUUUGUAAAUAGUAGAGUAUGUAAACUACCAAAUGUAAU